CGACUCCGACACGGCCAUGGCGCCCGCAGCAGCACAGCAGGCGCUUCCCAAGCCCGAUCAGCUCAAGGCCAGCCUCGAGGCCCACAACGCCUCGUUCGACGAGCUCCUCAAGCACGUCCCGGCCAAGUACUACCUCCGCCCCGACUCGGACGACGAGGACGCCCAGCCCAAGGUGCCGCAGGGCAAGCUCACCAAGGCGCAGAAGAAGGCGCUUCGCAAGGCCAAGCAGGACGAGACGCUGCGCGCCCAGAAGAACGAGGCCAAGCGCGAGGCCAAGUUGGCCAGGUACGACCCGGACGAGCCCAAGACGAUCGCCGAGAUCCAGGCGGCCAAGCUGUCGGCCGCGGCAAAGGGCAAGAAGCGCGCCGCCGAUGCCGACAGCGGCGACGAGUCGUCCGACGCCGAGAUGAACGGCGCGUCCGAGGGCGAGUGGGACGACGACGACGAGGCGGCCGACUCGCCCAACGACGAGGGCUUUGCCGACUCGGACGACGAGGACGGCGAGCUCCUCGAGCUCGACGCGGCCGGCGUGCUCAAGAGCCGCAACGCGCCGCAACCAGGCGACGGGCCCGCGCCGACCAUCACCGAGCUGCGCGAGAAGCUCCAGCGACGGAUCGCCGAGAUCCAGGCCAAGAAGGGCGGCGCAUCGGCGGCGGCGGCGGGCAAGGCGGGCAAGGCCGGCGCCAAGAAGGCGGCGUCGGCCGCGAGCGACGACGACGACGACGACGAUGACGAGUCGGGCGAGGACGAGGGCGACGCGGCCGUCACGAGCAAGGACGACCUGCUCGCCGAGCGUCGGCGCCGUGCCGCGCUGCGCGACAACCGCCGCAAGAAGAUGAAGGAGCGCCGCCUCCAGGAGAAGAGCGAGGGUGCCAAGAAGCGCGCCAACGAGCCGAGCAACGGCCGCAAGGGCGGUGGAAAGGUGGGCGCGCCGCAGCGGGACCAGCAGCAGCAGCAGCAGGGCGACGACGAGCGUCCGAGGAAGAAGGCCAAGGCCGACGCCCCCGAUGCCGCCAACUCGGCCCUCGUCUCGUACGACGCCGCCGCCGCCUCCUCAUCGUCGACGUCCAAGUCGGACCCCAACUCGAUCGCCUUCUCAAACCUUGACUUUGCCACCAACUCGGAGCGCGCAACCGACGCCGGCCUGACGCCCAAGCAGCUCAAGAAGCUCCAGGCGGCGGCGGGCACGCUCAAGAAGAACCGCCACGACCUGCCCAAGGACGCCAACAAGGCGCUCGAGAUCCUCCAGCGCCGCAAGGACCGCCUCGACCAGCUCGAGCCCGAGAAGCGCGAGAAGACUGAGGACAAGGAGCGGUGGGAGAAGGUGCUGCUCAAGGCCGAGGGCGGCAAGGUCCGCGAUGACGAGACGAGGUUGAAGAAGAUGGCCAAGCGGCAGGAGCGCGAGAAGAAGAAGAGCGCCAAGGCAUGGGUCGACCGCAAGGCGACGGUCGAGAAGACCAUCACGGACAAGGUGGCCAAGCGCAACGCCAACCUCGCCGCGCGCAAGCAGCAGGCCAAGGACAAGAAGAUGGGCGUCCUCAAGGCCAAGAGCAAGGGCAAGAAGACGGCGAGCAGCACGACGGGCAAGGCGCGCGCCAAGGGCCGACCUGGGUUCGAGGGCGGCGGGCGCAAGAAGUAGCUGGGCCUGGUCGCUCUCUGCAUCUUUGCGUAUACUCUUC